CCGGUCUGUUGUCACAUCUUAUACGGAUCUUCACCUUGAAAGCAACAUGCUGAGAUUGUCCGCAUUUCUAUUGUUGGGGGCCUGCUCCUUGGGGGUGAUCGCCGGACGCAGUACCUACGGCGGAAGUUUGAGUGGCGGAAAUGGCGGAUUUGCCGGGCUUCUCGGGGCUUCACGAAAUGGUGUCCUCAACGGGAUUGGCAGCAUGGGCGCAGGUGCCGUCAACAUGCCAGUCUUUGCCUACGCGCCAUUUCUGCCAAAUAGCGGUGCUGGAUCUGGUUCAUUCGGAUCAAGAAUGGGCUUUGCUGGUUUUGGUGGACCCAGCUUAAGCGGUCCGGGAGCAGGUAGAACAGGAAGUUCUGGUUCCUAUGGCUCAAGCGGUGGCGCAGGUAUUGCAGGUAUUGCAGGUUUAAGCAGCAGUCUUCGUAUGCGCUCCCGAAACGGAAAUGCUGGUGGCCUCGUCAACAUUGGACCAAAUGUUGUUGAUUUCGUCCCUCUGUCCACGUCUUCAUUCAGUCUCUUCCCUACCCGAUCCGAUAUGAUCCCAGUUAAUGGUAUGGUUGCUGGUGGCAUUAACACGAACGCCGGUGGUAUGGGCGCAAUUGGCAUGAACUCGAACGCCGGGAGUAUGGGCGCAGGUGGCAUGAACGCGAUCACCGGUGGUAUGGGCGCAGGUGGCAUGAACGACGACGCCGGUGGUAUGGCCAUAGGUGGCAUGAACGCGAACACCGGUGGUAUGGGCGCUGUAGGAAACGGUGGUGCAGGAGCAGUUGCGGGAACGGGUAUGGGUAGCAUGGACGCCGCUGCCAUGAACGCUGUUAUGAACGCAGGAGGUAUGGGCGGUCUUGCAGGAGGGAUUAGCGCAGGAACUGCAUCGAAUGCCAGAAAUACUGGUAUUGCUGCUAACAUGGCUGCUGUUGAUAUGGGUGCUGCGAUAGUCGCUAUGAAUUCCAUGGCCAGAGCUGAAAGGAACGCUGGCAUGAACGCUGGCAUAAACUCGGCCAUUGGAGGAGGAAUGAACAGUGGUAUGGGCGGCGUUGACGUUGGUGGUUCAACUGGCGGAGUGAACGCAGCGAUGGUGUCUGUGGCCAUGGUGCCGUCGGCUGGUACCGGAAAUGCCAGUCCGAUGAAUUUAGGUGGCAAAGGAGAUGCCAUCAGCGGCGGUAUCGCAGGGUUCGGUAUGCAGGGCCUCACUCACAUUGGAAACGGAUGUUACAUCGACGAAGCCGGCAACAUUGUGAAGCUUGGUGAGGGAGUAGCAGGAGUGGCGGGGGCCGGAAACAGCGGUUACGGUCGCUAGGCUGGAAGCAAAUGGAAACUCUUGGCUCACAAUCCGGCAUAUUUAGUGACUCCGGUUAAAUAUACUACAGCUUCUGCCAAUCUGCGCUGGUCAUACAGUCCAGUGUACCAUGCCUCGCCAUUCUUUGAUUUUUGUAUUGUUUUUUAUGUAAUA